AUGCUUAGCGCCAAUCUUCCUGAAGAUCUCAUGACGGAGAUCAUGGCGAGGCUACCUGUAAAAUCCUUGCUUCGGUUCAAAUGUGUAGCCAAAUCCUGGCACGCCCUAAUCACUGACCCAUCUUUUAUUAACAAACAUCUUGAACAGUCCUAUACUAUCAGCAAAAAUCGCUGCUUCAAGCUCAUGUUCCAAUCGAAUCCCUAUACGCCGCCCUCCAUUUCCAUGCUUUCUAAUAGAGAGGAACCUCGUUUAGUCCAAGACUUUGAAUUUCCUUUCUCUGAGAAAGAUUUAAAUUUGCGAUGGAUAUCAGUUUGUGGUCAAUGUGAUGGGAUUUUCUGUCUCCGUCUCUAUCUCUAUCGGUCAUCUAGAUCAAACGAUGAUGAACAGCGCCGUUUAAUUUUGUGGAAUCCUGCAACUAAAGAGGUAAAGGUUAUUCCAGCCUCUCAGCAUCAAUCCAAAAUUAAGGGCGCUUUUGAUGCUGUGUUUGGAUUUGGGUUUGAUCCCAUCACAAAGGAUUACAAGAUUGUUGGAUUUCCAAACAGGCCCCAAGAACAAUCUGCUGCAGUUGAAGUGUACAAUCUCAGCACGAAUUCCUGGAGAACAAUAGAUGUCGUCGCCCCAAGUUUUGAAUUCUAUUCUUCUUCUUAUAUGAAUAGAUCUUAUUUGAAUGGGGCUCAUCACUGGUUAGCUAAUGAUGAUUAUAAUAUCGAUAAGCUUAUUGUGAGCUUUGAAUAUAGUAAAGAGGUUUUUGGGAUUAUCCAAUUACCUCCAGGGGCCAAUCUCUCUCGUUUUAGUAAUGUUCUCUCAAUAGUAGAUGGGAGUCUUGCUAUUUUUGCUAACUAUUUCUCCUAUGCGUUGAACGAGCAUCAUGUUGAGAUUUGGGUCAUGAACGAGUAUGGUAUUGAGAGUAGUUGGACUAAGAAGUUUAAGAUUGGAUCGUUGAUGGCGAUUGAGAAUAUUUUAGGAGUCUGGGGAGAUAAUGAGAUUUUCGUUGAAUGUGCUGGACAUGAUAAAAAAUCUAAUAUCAGUGAUGAGGGUCUAUUAAUCUUGUGGAACCCAGCAACGAAAGAUGUGAAAGUUAUUCCUGCCCCUCAGAAAGAACCCGAACACCCAAGUGAUUCGAGGAUUGGAUUUGGGUUCCAUCCCAUCACAAAGGAUUACAAGGUUGUUCGGUUGUUAAACUGGCCUUGGGAAGAAGGAAGACGAAGACGAAGAAGAAGAAGAAAUUCUAGUUGA